CCACGUAGCUCUUUGGUGGGAGUAGUACAGUAUUCUUUCUCAGUCAAAGGAAGUCAUCUUGAAAUACCUAUUCCUCUUUAUUUGCAUUUCAUUUUCUGCAUUCAUUCUCUCUCUUCUUUCUAUCACAUGGGUUUCUUUAUUCCUUUUUCCAGGUUUGUUCAUCGUCUUUUUCCAAGUUUCUUUUUAUCUCAUGGGUUCUCUUUUCAAUGUGUUGGUGAUCCAAAUAUGUCUGUUCUGAUUUGCUGCCAGACCAGAGUGAUUGAGGUCCACACGAUUAUCAUUAUCUCCCCACAAAGGUAGUGGCAGAGUCCUCAUCAAAGGUUUAAAUCUCUUUCUGAUGACUCUAGUCCGUCUCUUUUCUUCCCCUUUCUUUGACAUCUAUUAUCUUUGCCAGUUCGCUUUUC